AUGUCCGGUCUCGAGAAAGCCCUCUUCAACCUCAAGUUCACCGCAAAGCAACUCAACCGACAAGCUGCGAAAGCCGGCAAAGAUGAGACCGCCGAGAAGGCAAAGCUAGAGAAGGCAAUGAAGCAGGGCCACAGCGACAUCGCACGCAUAUACGCACAGAACGCCAUCCGGAAGCAGAACGAGAAACUCAAUCUCUUGCGGCUCGCGUCCCGAAUCGAUGCUGUCAGCAGUCGCGUGCAGACGGCGGUCACGAUGCGACAGGUCACUGGUAGCAUGGCGAAUGUGGUCCGUGGCAUGGAUUCUGCGAUGAAGGCUAUGGAUCUGGAGAAGAUCUCGGCGGUCAUGGACAAGUUCGAGACACAGUUUGAGGAUCUGGACGUCGCGACUGGAUACUACGAGAACGCAACAUCGUCUGCAACCGCCGUGGGCACGCCGCAGGAGGAUGUCGACCGCUUGAUGGCGCAAACAGCGGACAAGGCAGGCUUGGAGCUGGAGCAAGAUCUACAGGCCGCUACCCCCGCGAAGACGAAGGUUGGACCAACAGAGCAAGAGGAGGAAGGAUUGAAUGAGCGACUGCGCGCACUGAGGAAUUAG